UUAAUGCUGGAUAAUGCAUUUUACAGAAAUUCACUUAAUGUUCCUUAGAUAUCAUUUUCUCGAGGUAAAUCUUCUUGAAAAAGAUAGCAAUUAAUUUGGACCCAUUAAUCUUACGUAUAUCGCAUUGUAUAUAUCGCUGUCACAUUAUCCAAGUUUAUCAUGUAUCACAUUUUUCCUCCUAACGGUGCAGCCCUAGUGGUCAUUCUUAAUUAGUUUAUUCCUCAGAAAUUCUUAAAAACAAUUAAAUAGGCUAAUAUUUAAUAUAGUGUGGCAGAGAAAAAGGAAAAGAGACUUGUUGAAUGAGGUAAUAAUGUUAUUUUGCCUAUAUUACCAUUCUGAUUUUCUCGCAUUUUCAUAAUGACAACAUUUUGAAUAUUAUCCUUGCAAUAUGUCCCUACCAACCUUCAAACAAAACCUACGCCCAUGUAUCUGUUUAUACAGGAAUGACAUUUGUUUAAUGCAUGCACAAAUGUUUCUCAGUCCUAAGAGAUACAAAAUUACAGAAAAGAAUUACUGUGCAAUUACAGUGCAAGAGCCUUGCAUGUCACUAUAUGACACUAAAAGCACCUCCAGCAUCUGUUAAGAGACAUGGCAGAUAAAAUAGUCACUGCCACUCUUUGAAUAUUAUCGUAUUUGUUUAAUCGCAAUAUGUUUUUAUUCUACUUUUUAAAAUAUUAGUGUACUUGCACUACAUUACACUACAUUAAUUACACAUUACACUUAUACUGUUCUACAUUUAGACCACCUAACCCAGUGGUUCCCAACCCUGGUCCUGGAGUACCCAAAAAACUGCACAUUUUGGAUUUCUCUCUUAUCUAACACACCUGAUUCAACUCAUCAGCUUGUUUUUAGGCUCCAUGAGCAGAAAUGGGUGUGUCAAGUGAGGGACUAAAAUGUUCAGUUUUGGGAGUAUUCUGGGACCAGGGUUGAGGCCAUAAUCCAACCCCUACUCCUUAAACUAAACACUUAUCAGCAAUAACACAGAGAUAAAAGUAUGACAUAAAGCACUAUAAAAGUAUUCCAGCAUUGUGUGAGGAACAGAGUUAAAGUUUUUAUCCCUAAUAAUCUUCCCCCUACAUGAAUGCUGUCACAUCACAUCCAAAAGAUCCAUCUAAACUUGAGCUUGUCUAAAUCACUGAAAACAAGUUUUGCAGGUUUCUCUUCUAAACAUUUCAAUAAAUGUAAUUAUCUGAAAAGCACAGUCUACUAAAGUACACCAUGUAGGAUCAGUGUAAACCAAUCAAGUGUUAAACAGCAGUGCAAAAUGUUUUUUUGCUGCUUGUUAAAUUUACUCAAUUAAAAUUAGCUAAUGCAGGGGUUUUCAAAGUCAAAGAAUGUGGGCCACCCAGUGCCCAGUGUGUGUGUGUGGGGUGUGUGUGUGUGUGUGUGUGCGGGUACGGGUAUGUGUGUGUGCGGGUACGGGUGUGUGUUUGCUGGUAUAGGUAUGAAUGUGUGUGUUUGUGUGUGGGGGGUUUGGGUGUGAAUGUGUGUGUGGGUGUGUGUGCGGGUACAGGGGUGUGGGAGUGUGUGUGUGUGUGUGUACGUGUGUGUGUGUGUGUGUGCGGGUACAGGUGUGUAUGUGCGGGUACAGGGGUGUGGGAGUGUGUGUGUGUGUGUGCGGGUACAGGUGUGUAUGUGCAGGUGUGUAUGUGUGUGUGUGCGGGUGUGUAUGUGUGUGCGUGUGGGUGGGUGUGUUUGUGUGUAUGAGUGUGCGGGUACAGGGGUGUGUGUGUGUGUGCAGAUGUGUAUCUAUGUGCGUGUGCAGGUAUGGAUGUGUGUGUGUCUGUGUGUGUGUGUGUGCGGGUACGGGUACAGGUGUGUGUGUGUGCGCGAGUACUGGUGUGUGUGUGUGUGUGUGUGUGUGUGUGUGCCAUGUCAGAUAUGCGCAGACCCACUGUGUUGUCAUAGAGUGGAAUAGAAUCAAGCUUAGAGGCUCCUACCAUCAAGGAACACAUAUCUUUUGCUGCCAGAAGAAUCAAUGUCUCUCUGAUGUUAUGUGCUUUGUCCGCCUUGGCAAUAUGCAGCGCAAGGUGAUAUGAAGCUUCAGUGGCCUUUACAUUUAUUUUGACAAAUUCUCCAACAAUUCUCUUUUUCCCGCUACCUCAGCAUGCUUGGUGUCAGUGUCUAUGGAGUUUAACAGGUUGCAUGCAGUCAUUAGCUAAAAUCUCCCGACAUACAACACCUAAAGAUCGUGGUGCAUUAACUGAACCUGUCUAUGUAAAUCCUAAACUUAAAUACUGCUCAUCGUGUUGUUGUCUUUUGAGUCUGACCCCUGAAAUGGAAGGAUUCGAAUUUGGUUGUCUCAGAAGCUCCAUUGUAAUUACAGACUAAUACGUCACGCACAAACUUGCCGCAAAUUCACCACUUUCACAUUUUCAUCUGCAAAUUAGCUUGCGAUUCACGCAAAUGUUUGCCGGAUGUUUGCAGCUCUUCACUGGUACUGGUGAACCUCUACAAACUUCUAGUGACAAUGAAGAGUUUGCUGCAAAGUUAAUUUGCAUUUGAAAGUUAUGAGCGGCAAGUUUGCGGCAACUUCAUUAUAUGACCUCGACAUAUGAUUUCAUGCUGAUCGUUUUCUGAUGCCCUUUGCGUCAGUCUAUUGACAACAAAGUUUUCUCAUUGCAAACAAUGCGAUUUCUGGCCAUGUCAGAAUACAGAUGCUAGAGGGUGCUUUCGGCAUCCAUAUAGUGAUGUGCAAGGCUCUUAUACAAACAGUAGUAUUUGAUGCCUUGUGUGUGAGAACACGUUGCUUCACAGAGUUUGCCUUAUUUGGAUUGAGCUGCUCUAUGGAGAAAUUAGAGUUGCCAUCUUUAAAUGAUUUUAAAUCCAGUCUUAAAACAUUUUUAUUAUAAAUAAUAUUAAUAAGAAUAUAAAUAAUGAUAACAAAAAGUUGUGUGAAGCUAACUUUAAAAGCAAUAUAAAGUAUAAAUAGGUCAAAUGUAUCAUUAGGCCUAUUACAAAAGUCAAACUGGAUAAAAACAAGGAUUUGAUUCAUGACUUCCAUUGUGGUUAAACAAAGUCAUUUCAUGUCCAAAUAAACAGUGUUGUGUAAAAGACUGGAGACAUGUCAAACAUUUAAAUUAAUUAUUUUAUUCUCAACUUCAUUUUCUUAUUCAAAGUUGCCCUUGAAUCAGAUGAGCAGAUGCAAAUUACUAUCAGAGCAUUUACACAUUUUAGGUGUCACUAAAGAAUAAUCAAACAAGCAGCUUGUCUCUGUUGAGCAUCUAUAUUGAAAAUGAAAGCUAAUUGCAAACAUUUUAAAUAAAAAAAAAAAUACAAUUAUCCAUAUAAUAAAUCAUUCUUUUAUGUAUUGGUAUUGGUCAUAAAAGAAGACCACUAUGAUAUCAAAGCAGAAGUCCAAUACGACGAUUGUGUGGCAGCAGUGCAAUUAAUAAAAUCAAGCAGAUAUGGUUCAGGCCUUCAGUUAAUGUUCACAUCAACCAUCAGUAUGGGGAAAAAAUGUCAUCACAGUAUUAUUAUAAUUUUUUCACACACAACAGUCUCAAGAGUUUUCUCAGAAUGGUGCUAAAAACAAAAAACAUCCAGUGAGCGGCAUUUCUGUGGAUGUAAAUGCCUUGUUGAUGAGAGAGGUCAACGGAGAAUGGCCAGACUUGGUCGAGCUGACAGAAAGUCUACAGUAACUCAGAUAACCGCUCUGUACAAUUGUGGUGCAAAACAAAAAUAGACUUUUGACAUGUCGGGUUCCACUUCUGUCAACCAAGUACAGAAAGCUGAGGCUACAGUUGGCACAGGCACACCAAAACGGAACAGUUGAAUACUGGUAAAACAUAGCCUGGUUUGAUGAAUCUCGAUUUCUGCCGAGGCACAUAGAUGGUAGGGGCAGAAUUUUGCGCUAACAGCAUGAAUCCAUGGACCCAACCUCCCUUGUGUCAACAGUCCAAGCUGGAGGUGGUGUAAUGGGGUGGGGUAUGUUUUCUUGAAAACACUUUGGGCCUAUUAAUACCAGUCAAUCAUUGCUUGAAUGCCACAGUCUAUUUGAGUAUUGUUACUGACCAUGUGCAUCCCUUCAUGUGCAGCUGACAAAUCUGCAAAAAUUCUGUGAAGCGAUGUGACUGUAUAACAUUUUCAUAUCACAAUAAUUUCUGAAGCAUUUAUCACGGUACAUGUAUUAUCACGGUAUUGUAUUGAAUUGUAAAACAGGUUGAAAGAUAAAUAAAAUGUAUUGUUGUUCUUAGUUACAAGAUUUAGAUAGACGUUUUAAAUUAAAAGAACACAAAGAAAGUAAAUUUGCAAAGUUCAAACCAUAUAAGAUUCAAAAAGACCUGGUGGCUUUCAAAAGUCCAAUGCUUUUAUUUUGCAUUCCUCUAAUUUAUUACUUUAGUUUAUUUUCAUUACAAAUGAACAAGUAACAACAAUAGUAACAUUUUGAGGGAAAAGUUUAAUUGAAAAUGAAACAUGAAUUUUUGAGUUUCCUAGUAAUUUGGCAUGUCAUCCUAUUACUGUAAGAGUUAGUGUUGGGAAUGUUGAUUUAUUGAUGGAAAUGCUACAGUGCAUUCAGAAGAUGUAAACAAUUUGGUUAAAAGGUUAUCUAGAUAUUUUCAUGGUAUUUUGAAAUGCUCACGAUAACAAUAUUGUGCAUGUUAAUUAUUGAAUUUCUAACAUCUUUUUGAAUCCAUGCCAUGAAGAAAUUAGGCCCUACCCAGUAUUAGUAUAUUGAUCUUAAAGGAAUGGUUCACCCAAAAAUAAUAAUACUGAGAUAUUUUUUUAUUUAUUUUUGGGUGAACCAUUCCUUUAAGAUCUAUAUGCUAAUACUUAUGCCAUCCCAGAUGUGUAUGACUGUCUUUCUUCAGCGGAACACAAAUUAAGAUUUUUAGAAAAAGCGUUGAUGCUCUGUUGGUCCUUAUAAUGUAAGUAAACAGGUGCCAUUAGGCUGCUGGAUAUUUGAUGGUCUAAAAGGCUUAUUUAGGCAGCAAAAAAAUUAUCCACACGACUCCAGUUGAUCAAUUAAUGUCUUCUGAAUAGAUUCUUGUAAAAAAUAAAUAGAUAAUUCAAACAUUAUGAAAAUGGAUUCCUGCCAGCAGUCGGCACAUCAGUGAUGUAAGGUUUUAAUUAUGGAUUUUUUUCUUACACCAGCCAAGUCCUUGUGGUGGUGUAGUGACUUGCCUCAAUCCAGGUGGCGAAGGACGAAUCUCAGUUGCCUCCGUGCCUGCCUACUAUACCAUUAACGUUACAAGUUUAGGGAAAUUAUGAAAUUUUAUGAGAGGACCAAAUAUAUAUAUAUAUAUAAAACGUCUGUAGGCUAUGUAAAUCAUAAACAGGACUCAAGCGUCCGAUGAUCUGCAUUGCGUCUUACACAAAGUCUCAUAAAUAAAACAAAUAUAGAUGCAUCAAAAAUAAGUACUUGAAAGUGUCACGGUCUCGCUCACCUGCACCGUGUCUCAUGUCGUCUGCACCGUGUUUCGUGUCGUCCGCCCCGUGUUUUCUGUUUCACCCGUCACUAGUCACUUUCCAUGUCACGCUCCCUUGUUGUCCGCCCGUGUUUUCUGUUUUACCGUUCACGCUCCCUGUCAUGUCUGCCCGUGUUUCACUGUCUCUGUGAAAACUACACUUCCCUUCUUCCCGUCGUUUCCGGCCCUGUCUGCGUGUUAUUGUCCGCACCUGUCUGUCAUUUUGUCAUUACCUUGUCUCUUUAUUUAAACCCCGCUGUUUUCCCUUCCCGUUGUCGUGCGUUAACGUUUCGUGUUUCAUGGUGACGCUUUAUGCUCGUUCUCGUAUUUUUCUAUGCUCUGUAUGCCCUUUGUUCUUGUUCCCUGCAGCCUCCAGCCGUUUGUGUUUUCCCUGUUGUGUCGCCCGUUCGAGGACUACCCUCCCCUUCGUGGAAGUUGUCUGCCUGCACCCCUUCCUGUGUCUUACCCAGCACUUAGCCUAUGUUUUACUGUGGGCGUGAUAAAGGAGGACCCUACCUCACCACCCACAGCGGAGACUCUCCAGCCGUCCCUGGCGCACCCUGCCGCACCAGCCUCCCCUCUCGAGCCUUCCAGGGCUCCGCCUCUCAAGCCUCUCGAGCCUUCCAGGGCUCCUCCUCCCGAGCCUCCCAGGGCUCCGCCUCUCAAGUCUCUCGAGUCUUCCAGGGCUCCUCCUCCGGAGCCUCCUAGGGCUCCGCCUCUCCAGUCUCUCAAGUCUUCCAGGGUUCCUCCUCUCGAGCCUCCCAGGGCUCCGCCUCUCAAGUCUCUCGAGCCUUCCAGGGCUCUGCCUCCCGAGCCUCCCAGGGCUCCGCCUCUCAAGUCUCUCAAGUCUUCCAGGGCUCCUCCUCCUGAGCCUCCUAGGGCUCCGCCUCUCCAGUCUCUCGAGUCUUCCAGGGCUCCUCCUCCCGAGCCUCCUAGGGCUCCACCUCUCCAGUCUCUCGAGUCUUCCAGGGCUCCUCCUCUCAAGCCUCCCAGGGCUCCGCCUCUCAAGUCUCUCGAGCCACCCAGGGCUCCGCCUCCCGAUCCUCCUACGGCUCUGCUCCCAGAGACUCCAGAGCCUUCUAGGGCUCCACCUCUGAAACCUCCUAUGGCGCCCCCUCUCUCGGCUCUGCCUUCAGAGCCUUCCAGGUAUCCGCCUCUGAAACCUCCUACGGCACCACCUCCCUCGGCUCCGCCUCUGAAACCUCCUAUGGCGCCACCUCCCUCGGCUCCGCCUCCAGAGCCUUCCUCGACUCAGCCUCCAGAGCCUCCCACAGCUCCGCCUCCUGGGCCUCCUGAGCCAUCCUCGGCUCCGCCUUCCUCAACCCCGUCUCCUAGGCCUUCCUCGGCUCCGCCUCCUGAGGUACCCUUUGCUGCGCCUCCUGAACUUCCCUUGGCUCCGCCUUCAGAGCCUUCUUCGCCCUCGCCACCUUCGACUCCGCCUCCUGAACCUUCCUCGGUUCCGCCUCUGGAGUCUCCUUCAGCUCCACCUCCUGAGCCCCCCUCGGCUCCGCCUCCAGUGGCUCCCCCAGCUCCGCCUUCUGAGCCUUCUACGCCAUCGCGUCCCUUGGCUCCGCCCAACACUGUUCCGCCUCCUGACCCACCCAAGGCCUUACCGCCUGAGUCUGCCACGGCUCUGCCUGUCUCUGCUCCACCCCCAGGGUCUCCGGCGUCCUUGUCUAGGCCUCCUUCGGUGCUGCCACCCAAGGCCACGACUGCUCCGCCUCAGAAGACCACCUUGGCUCCGCCAGCUUCCCCAGUGGCCACUCCUCCUCCCGGGCCCCCUGAACCGGCCCUUGCCCAGUGGCCGCCACCUAGACCACCUAAACCCAUCCCUGUCCUGUGGCCGCCUCCCUGGCCUCCUAAACCUGUCCCAACCCAGCGGACGCCCCCCAGACCUCCUGAACCGGUCCUUGCCUUGUGGCCACCUCCCUGUCUCCUGGACCUGUCCCUGCCCGGUUGAUGCCCCCCAGGCCGCCGGACCCGGUCCCCUUCGCAUACCCCCAUAGACUGCUUGCCUGCCCUCUCGGCCUCCCUGGUCUGCCUGUCUGUCCUCUCGACCUCCCUGGUCUGCCUGACUCCCGUGGACUGCCUAAUUGCCCCCUUGGCCGGUCUCAGCACCCCUUGCACCCCCGUGAAUUGUCUUUGUGCCCCUUGUUCUCCCCCUGGUCUGUCUGUUUUCCCCCCAGUCUACCCCCUCUUUCCUGGGUUCUUCAUUCCUUUUUAUUGUUUUCUUUUGUUGAUUCCGUCUGGAAUCCGGUCCUUUUGAGGGGGGAUUAUGUCACGGUCUCGCUCACCUGCACCGUGUCUCGUGUCGUCUGCACCGUGUUUCGUGUCGACCUUCCUGUGUCUUACCCAGCACUUAGCCUAUGUUUUCCCAUCGUGGACUUUUUAUUUGUUCCAGCGUUUGUUUCUUUUCGUGUUCCUUCUCAAUAAACUGCGUUUGGAUCCCAAUCACCCUUCUGCCUUCUCCCACUUCCUCAGUUCAUUACAGAAAGCAGGGAUUGAAAAUGUCUUUCUCAGAUAACAUAGUUAAUCUUUUCUUCCUGAGCUGUCAAGACGUACUAAUUCAUCAUGAUUACUGGGUUUCAAAUCAUCAGUGUAUUUUCUGUUUCUAAUUCAAUGAUUCUGCAACUAUUAUGUGCUCACUGCAACUUUCACUGGCAUAUGCUGACGUUUGCUCGAUCCUACAGGAUCAAUAUGAUUGCUUUGAUAGAAGUGCCAUAAAAGUUCCUUUACAGUCACGAUCAUAAUCGACUUUACAAAUAAGCAGAAGCACCCUGAUAUAUCAAACAUAUGAACACCCAUACAAAACAUUCUUUCCUUCAUUUAACAUGAACCAUCUAACCACUUCAUAUACCUAUUCUACUUGUGCAGACGUUUCCAGUCCUCCUUGGUGUGGAAGGGGAAUGACUUAAUUUUUCCCCUAGGUGAAUCACAAGAGUCAAAUUCCAAAAAUGACAAAGCACUUAGAUGCUCAAAGAAUAAAACCAAGGUUUCUUUAUUUUUUUUAAUUCCCCAAUUACAAAUUCAAACAAUUUAAGUCAAAUUAAUGUAUUAUUAUUAUUAUUAUUAUUAAUAGUAAUAUUAAUAAUAACAAUAACUUUAAUCAGUAUUCAUUUAAUAGUUAAGCACACUGUCAGAAAUACAAAAUAUAAUAAAUUCCUUCUUUUUGUGCCCCACCACCAUCUUUUUGCACAUAUACAAAUUUAGGCAUUCAGUAGUAAAUCUAAAAAAAAUAAAUUACAUAAAACUUUAGGAUCAAACAUCAAACAUUUUAAGAUCAAAUAUCAAAGACUGCUUGAUUUGAACUUGGUGUUCAUGUGCUUGAAUAAAAUUUGCCUGUCAACUAGAAAUGGUGACAAUGUACACAUUAACAUCAAAUAAACUUUGGUUUGAUAAACAUUAAUAAACAAUGACCUAGUCUAUUUGAUCAGUGUGAAAGAACCUACAUUUUAGGUUCAGUACAUUUGGUUUUACUGUUAUCCAAUCCCAGAUGACUUUCUUUCUUCUGCAGAACACAAAUGAAGAUUUUUAGAAUAAUAUUUCAGUUCUGUAGGUACUCACAAUGCAAGUGAAUGGUGAUCAGACAUUUGUAGCUACAAAAAUCACAUAAAGGAAACAUGAAAGUAAUCCAUAAGACUCCAGUGUUGAAAUAUCUUCAGACGGGAUAUAUUAGGUACUUUUUUUUGUAUA